ACUUGGCAGAAAUUAUGCCCUUCCUAACCCAGCAUCCCUUUCGGGUAAGAAUAUAACAUGUCCCGAGGCGUGGCUACCAAGGGAUAUCAUCAUUGCACUUUUAAAGCAAGCGGAAGGUCCGGAGCAUUUGUGGCAAGAGUGUUACAACCUGUUCUCCAGUUAAACGGAUUUUUGCGAUCCCCUACGGCAUUCUACGAUGAAAGAUGUCACUGAGGCCUCGAGUUGUGAAUUUUGACGAAACAUGGGCUAAGAUCCGAGAAACACUAGAAUCUGUAGUAACUUUGAAGAAGAUUCCACGAUCAGUGUGGAAUGACAGGUUUUCUGAUGUAUAUGCCCUCUGUGUAGCUUUCCCAGAACCUUUAGGUGAAAAGCUUUAUGCUGAAGUGAAGGAUUUCUUGGAGAAUCAUGGCCAAAGUUUGUAUGAGGCUGUCAGUGGCCCUGAUGUUGAUAUUCUCCGUCUCUACCACAAUCACUGGUCACAGUUCAGCAAAGGUUCUUUCUAUAUGAAUCUGUUAUUUGGCUAUCUGAACACACAUCUGAAGAAACAAAAGCAGGAUUAUGGAGACAUGUCUCCAUACAGCACAUCGUUUUCACCAGAUGCGAUGGAAGAAGUGAUGGAUAUUGGAGCGCUUGCUCUAGACAUCUGGAAAAGAAAGAUGAUAGAACCUUUGAAAGAAACCCUGGUAGAACAUGUACUUAUAGAAGUCAAGAGGGAUCGUGAGGGAGAAGACACACACCAGAACAUUGUACAUGAUACAGUUCUCUCCUUUGUUGAAGUACAGCAGUACCAAUCAAAAGGAGCUCUUAGUCUAUAUGAAGAGGUGUUUGAGAAAUCCCUUCUAAAGGAAACCAAAGAGUAUUACAGACGAGAAUCAGCAGAGCUGCAUGCCGAUAACACUUGUCAGGCUUUUAUUUCUAAGGUCGACAUCCGUAUUCAGGACGAGGAUUUAAGAACCAGGAAAUUCUUUCACCCCGUGUCCUACAGUCGGGUGAUAAGGGAGUGCGAAGCACGGAUGGUGGAGGAUUAUAUUCCUUACUUACAAAUAGAAUGUCGGCAGAUGGUGCAAGAGGAAAAUACUCAGUAUCUUUCAAAGCUGUUUACACUUCUGAAACAUAUUCCUCGUGGAUUGCAAGCCAUGGUGACAGAACUGGAGGAGCACAUCACGAAGACAGGUCUCCAAGCAAUCAAAUCAGUCAAAGUUGAGAAUGGCCCACAGCAAUAUGUAGACGAGUUACUGGGAAUCCACAGAAAAUUCUCACAUCUCAUCAAGGAUACAUUUAGGGACGAUCCUGCAUUUAUAUCAGCAUUGGACAAGGCGUGUGCAACUAUAGUCAAUUAUAGGCAUGAUCCUAAACGCUCUUCAAAAUCUCCAGAACUGCUUGCCAAAUACUGCGAUUCCAUUCUGAAAAAGAGUACAAAGAACCUCAGUGAUGCAGAGUUAGAUGAAAAACUUGGUGAUAUUAUAAUUAUUUUUAAAUAUAUUGAUGACAAGGACAUUUUUCAAAAGUUCUACUCCAAAAUGUUAGCAAAGAGACUUAUUCACACACUUUCAGUUUCAAUGGACGCUGAAGAGGGGAUGAUAAGUCGCUUAAAGCACGCCUGUGGCUAUGAAUACACUAACAAGCUUCACCGCAUGUUUACUGACAUCAGUAUCAGCUCUGACCUCAACUCUAGUUUUAACGAUUUCCUUUCUAAUACCAACGCGUCUCUUGGAGUUAGUUUUAGCCUCUUUGUAUUACAGCGAAUUCUCAUUUUCAGCGAAAUCCUUGAACAAACUCAACUGGUGGAGAAGGAAUUAGUUAGGACGCUACAAUCCUUGGCGGACGUGCGACUCAUAUUACUUUCCGAGGACGCCGACCCCACCCAGUGUACAUAUUCUUUAAACAUGGAUUUUUCCAGUAAACGGACGAAGUUGAAAGUCACUGCCGCAGUGCAGAGGGAAACUCCUCAGGACACUGAGCAGACCUUGUCAGCGGUCGAUGAUGACAGGAAAAUGUACCUUCAAGCUGCCAUCGUCAGAAUAAUGAAAUCCAGAAAAGUUUUAAAGCACAACGCUCUCAUUCAAGAGGUAAUAAGCCAGUCGAGUGCACGAUUCACGCCCAGUAUAGCGAUGAUCAAGAAAUGCAUCGAAGCACUGAUCGAUAAACAGUAUAUUGAAAGACGGGAGGGGAGUAAGGACGAGUACACUUACAUGGCAUGAUGGGAAAGCAGAUCGAGUACCAAGCUCUCAAACAGUCUGGAACUUGUUUGGAUAUCAGCGGGGCCCGUUCUCUCCCCUCGCAUUGGACCGUUUAUGAAGAACAGAGAUAAAGACUGGGCCCGAGGAAGAGAUGUGCUGUAAUUUCGUACUCAAAAUGAGCUCGUGUUUUUCUCAAUGGAUGGCGAACUGAAAAAGGUUCAAGAGCUUCGGGGCUAAAUUUUUUCGAUGUAACGCAUCACUGUUUAAUCGCUUUUUAACUGUCCACUGACUUUAAGGCUUGUACGAUGCCUCGUAUUUAUUGAAAACUUUUCCUCUAAUGUAUCUUCGAGAUACAUUAACUGAACAGUUCUAAGCAAUUAACGAAUAAGUUUCUAUUUUUCGCAGUUUUCAUAUAUCUUUUUUUUUUAGAAUAAUUCAUUUGCCAAGAGCAGUUUUUCCUCCUUUAAACAAACAUUUUUCUUUUAUAGAUUGUUAUUAGAAUCUAUUGCAUUGUAAUUUGAUAUUUUUUGUACAUUAAUCUAUUUGUGGAUACUAAGAACUAG